CCAUUAAACCCUUGGAUGUCUGAGACUGAAAGAUGGGGGCGAUUCUUUAUCUGGACACCAUAUUGGUUCCUUUGAGCCUCUUCCUUACAAUAGGAUACCAUGCCCUCCUAUGGCACAACUUCAAGAACAAGCCCUUUCUAACCACCUUUGGAAUGCUCGCACAAAGGAGAAGAGAAUGGUUGCGAGGCAUGCAACAGGGUGAUGAUAAGAUGGGCAUGCUAGCAGUCCAAAGCUUGAGAAACACAUUAAUGGCCACCAUCCUCACAUCCACAGUCUCCAUUCUCCUAACUCUCUCACUAGCAGCCCUAACCAACAGUACCUACACCGCCACCCACCUCUUCACCAACUCCAUUUUCGGGUCACAGUCCAGCAAGAUCCUAGCAGUGAAGUACGGCUCGGCCUCAGUGUUUUCUUCUGUAAGUUUUCUCUGCAGCUCCAUAGCUCUCGGGUGCUUGGUCGAUUCGAGCUUUUUGAUAAACAAUGAGUCGGGCGAUCGGUUUUCGUCUCAGGGAUACACUGAGAGGAUGGUGGAGAGAGGGUUUGUGUUGGCUGUUGUUGGAAACAGAGUGCUUUGCAUAACCUUUUCUUUGCUGUUGUGGUUGUUUGGGCCUGUGCCGGUGGUGGUGGGAUCGGUGGGAUUGGUUUGGGGGUUGUAUGAGCUUGAUUUUGCUAGGAAAUUAUCAAAAGUUUAGUGAGCAAGAGCUCACUUGAAAGUUAUAAAUAUUGAUCUUUAUGUAUAUUACUUGUAUAGAAAUAUAUAUGAUCUUGACAAUAUACAUGAA